UGUUGAAAAUAAAAAGCUUUUAAAAAUGUUCUAUGUCUAAAGAUUAACUCUCUAUUUUUCCCCUAUAGGAACUAUGUUGAGCCCUGAAACAAAUCAAAGUGAUGUGAUCACAUUCAUCCUCUUAGGUUUCUCUGAUAAUCCAGAGCUUCAGGUCCCACUAUUCCUGGUGUUCCUUGCUAUUUAUAUUGUGACUGUGGUGGGGAAUCUGGGAAUGAUUAUCAUCAUCAAGAUCAACCCCAAACUCCACACUCCUAUGUACUUUUUCCUCAGCCAUUUGUCCUUUGUGGAUUUCUGUUAUUCUAUUGCUGUUACUCCCAAGCUGCUAGCAAACUUGGCUGUGGCAGACAGAACUAUAUCUUUCAAGGGGUGUAUCACCCAGUUCUUUUUUGCUUGCACCUUUGUGGUAACAGAAACAUUUGUGUUGGCAGUGAUGGCCUAUGAUCGGGUUGUAGCCAUUUCUAAUCCCUUGAAGUACACAGUUGUCAUGUCCCAGACACUUUGCAUCCUACUGGUGACAGGAGCAUAUGUAUGGGGCAUUAUUUCUUCACUUGUCGUCACUUCCUCCCUCCUUUCAUUAUCUUUUUGUCGAUUUAGCAUCCUGAAUAAUUUUGUCUGUGAAUACUCUGUCAUUCUCUCUGCUUCUUGCUCUGAUACUUAUAUUAGUGAAAUGCUUCUUUUUACCUUUGCUACCUUCAAUGAAAUGAGUACACUUGUAAUCAUCCUUACCUCUUAUCUUUUUAUCUUUGUUACUGUCCUGCAGAUGCAUUCAGUGAGUGGGAGGCGUAAAGCCUUCUCCACAUGCACCUCACAUUUCGUGGCCAUCACUAUUUAUCAUGGGACAAUUCUUUUCCUUUAUUGUGUGCCUAGAAGUCAGAACUUAAAGGAGGAGAUCAAAGUAGCUUCUAUCUUUUAUACUGUGGUAAUCCCUAUGCUGAACCCCCUGAUCUAUAGUCUGAGAAACAAAGAUGUGAAGGAAACAGUUAGCAAUUUAAAGGUUACCAAAAUCUUGCCUCAAUUAAUUCAUUCUCAUUAAUUCUUUGUUCUCAUAGCCUAAUUGUACAUUGAACCCUCCUCCAUGCUUUAACAAUACUAGCCUUUGUUCUGUUCAUUGCAUAGAGUUCAUUUUCCCUCUUAGUGCUUUGUACUUGUCAUGGCCCUUGGAAAAUAAAAAUGUAUUUCCUCCUUAUCUCCCAUAAUUUUGCUCUUCUUUAUGGACACAGUUCAAACACCACCUUUUACACAACGACAACCAUUCAGUUUCCAGUUUUUA